GCCAAGUCCAUUGACUUCCCUUCCACUAUUUGACUUCAGAAGUUCCCACUCGUCGACGAGCUUUCAUGAGGCUGAGUCUCCGAAACUCCUACAUGUCGACUACGACUUUUCGACUUCCUCAAGAGCUGGUGGACCAUGUCAUCGACCAUCUCUACAAUGACUAUGAGACGCUGAGAGCGUGCUCUCGCGUCGCCCAGGCCUGGUUGCCAACAAGCAGGUACCACCUGUUCGCAAAAGUCUGCCUCCAGGCGUGGACCGGACACGGGGUAACCCAGUUUCCUUCGGGGCGUUGCAAAGAGCUCCUCUCGGUCAUCGAGAGUGCUCCCGAGAUUGCUGGGUACAUUCGAGAGCUGGAAAUUUGCGAAGGCGCACCAAUGCACAUCAGACAUCCCGAGCUCCAGUCAGCGACGUGGGUCACCUCGGAGCCAGCGCUGUUAAGCAUCUUCAAGAGGUUGAAGAAUUUGCGGCAUUUGGAAAUCUCUUCGGCGUCGAUUUUUUAUUGGAGGACCCUCCCAGCCGCGUUUCAAAACGCACUCUGCUCGCUGCUCGCCACAUCAUCCUCGCUCACCUAUCUCAAACUCCAUUCGUGGUGCUUCCCCAACUAUACCUCUCUCGCCGUCCUGCUGUCACACUGCAAGAACCUGAAAGGCCUUUCGCUAUCAUCAACCACAGUCGAGGACGACGAUCUCGCUGAGCACAGGUUGGGUUGUGUUAUCGAGGAAUGGGAUGGUUGUGAUGUGAUUCCAUCUUCCAAACUGGAGGUGCUGACACUCGACCACGUCACCUUUGGCUAUCUGGAUUACUGGUUAUUUGGAGAAACACCCAUGGUCGACGUCUCUUCAUUACGCGAACUGCGGGUGUCCCACUUCUCCGACCUCCAUGUCAUCGAGAAGCUCCUCCUGGCGGUUAGCGGCUCUCUCGAACACCUCCAUUUGAAGCCUGGGCAAUGGAGAGUGCGGCCUUUGGACCUGUCCCACUCUACGUGCCUCCGCUCAGUCCGCUUGACACUGGAAGAGGCAGACACAGCCCUCGAAUGGGCCAUUGAACUGCUCUGUUGCAUCAAAUCGUCCGCCUCCUGUAUCAUCGAACGCGUCGCCCUCGAGUUCUUCAUCGACCCCAACAAACUUGAUGGAUGGGAGCACCUCCAGUCCUUGCUGUCCGAGUCCGAGUUCUCCUCGCUGAAGCAGGUCGAGAUCGGACUCUUCGCUUCUCCUACUCGGGCGGGGUUCAUCAGGGCAGAGACGCAGCUGGCAGGCCUCAAGGACAGAGCGGAGUUGCGGUUAUAUCAUCUUGGGCUGAAGAGCCAGAGGUCGAAACGUCAGCUGUCGCCCAGGAUCAGUCGAUACGAGAACUGA